UCGUCUAUUAUGCUGCCGGGCCCGGCGAGCCAAAGAGGAGCCGGCCGCGCGGGCCGGGAGGGGACGCAGCCGCAGCCGCCGAGGCCAAGUGUUGCCCAAUUGGGCCCGGAAAUGGGAUGUCGCACCUCCCCUGGGAGCGUAGGAGCAGCGAGGGCCUCUCUCAGCCGCUGCUGUGACAGGAAGUGAGUGAGCUGCUGGAGGAUGUCCACAACGACGGUUGCCCCCACGGGGAUCCCGGCAGCCCCGGGCCCUGUGAACCCGCCCCCACCAGAGGUCUCCAACCCCAGCAAGCCUGGCCGCAAGACCAACCAACUGCAGUACAUGCAGAACGUGGUAGUGAAGACGCUCUGGAAGCACCAAUUUGCCUGGCCUUUCUAUCAGCCUGUAGAUGCCAUCAGACUGAACCUUCCUGAUUAUCAUAAAAUAAUAAAAAACCCAAUGGAUAUGGGGACUAUUAAGAAGAGACUAGAAAAUAACUAUUACUGGAGUGCAAGCGAGUGUAUGCAGGACUUCAACACCAUGUUUACAAAUUGUUACAUUUAUAACAAGCCCACAGAUGACAUAGUGCUAAUGGCCCAAGCCUUAGAAAAAAUUUUUCUGCAGAAAGUGGCCCAGAUGCCCCAGGAGGAAGUUGAAUUAUUACCACCCGCUCCGAAGGGCAAAGGCCGGAAACCAGCUGCAGGAACUCAGAGUGCAGGUACGCAGCAGGUGGUGGCCGUGUCCUCUGUCUCCCCAGCGACCCCCUUUCAGAACGUGCCCCCCACUGUCUCCCAGACGCCCGUCAUUGCUGCCACCCCCGUACCAACCAUCACUGCAAACGUCACAUCGGUCCCCCUCCCCUCGGCUGCCGCCCCACCUCCUCCUGCGACUCCCAUCGUCCCUGUGGUCCCUCCUACGCCGCCCGUCGUCAAGAAAAAGGGCGUGAAGCGGAAAGCUGACACCACCACGCCCACGACGUCUGCCAUCACUGCGAGCCGGAGUGAGUCACCACCACCGCCAUCGGACCCCAAGCAGGCCAAGGUGGUGGCCCGGCGAGAGAGCGGGGGCCGCCCCAUCAAGCCACCCAAGAAGGACCUGGAGGACGGCGAGGUGCCGCAGCACGCAGGCAAGAAGGGCAAACUGUCGGAGCAGCUGCGGUACUGUGACAGCAUCCUCCGGGAGAUGCUGUCCAAGAAGCACGCAGCCUAUGCCUGGCCUUUCUACAAGCCAGUGGACGCUGAGGCCCUGGAGCUGCACGACUACCAUGACAUCAUCAAGCACCCCAUGGACCUCAGCACCGUUAAGAGGAAGAUGGACAGCCGUGAGUACCCAGACGCACAGGGCUUUGCUGCAGACAUCCGGUUAAUGUUCUCCAAUUGUUACAAAUACAACCCUCCUGACCACGAAGUGGUGGCGAUGGCCAGGAAGCUCCAGGAUGUGUUUGAGAUGAGGUUUGCCAAGAUGCCUGAUGAGCCCGCGGAAACGCCAGUGCUGCCUGCACCUGCGGCCCCCGUGGUGAGCAAGGGCACUGAGAGCAGCCGCAGCAGCGAGGAAAGCUCGUCGGACUCAGGCAGCUCAGACUCGGAGGAGGAGCGGGCCACGAGGCUGGCAGAGCUGCAGGAGCAGCUGAAGGCUGUGCAUGAGCAGCUGGCAGCCCUGUCUCAGGCCCCAGUGAACAAACCAAAGAAGAAGAAGGAGAAGAAGGAGAAGGAGAAGAAGAAGAAGGACAGGGACAAGGACAAGGAGAAGCACAAGGCAAAGGCCGAGGAGGAGAAGAAGGCCAAGGGGGCCCCACCCACCAAGCAGGCUCCGCAGAAGAAGGCUCCCGCCAAGAAGGCUAACAGCACGACCACAGCCGGCAGACAGCUGAAGAAAGGUGGCAAGCAGGCGUCCGCCUCCUACGACUCGGAGGAGGAGGAGGAAGGCCUGCCCAUGAGCUACGACGAGAAGCGCCAGCUCAGCCUGGACAUCAACCGGCUGCCCGGGGAGAAGCUGGGCCGGGUGGUACACAUCAUCCAGUCACGGGAGCCCUCGCUCAGGGACUCCAACCCCGACGAGAUCGAGAUUGACUUUGAGACUCUGAAACCCACCACUUUGCGGGAACUGGAGAGAUAUGUCAAGUCUUGUUUACAGAAAAAGCAAAGGAAACCGUUCUCAACAAGUGGGAAGAAGCAGGCGGCCAAGUCAAAGGAGGAGUUGGCUCAGGAAAAGAAGAAGGAGCUGGAGAAGCGGCUGCAGGAUGUCAGCGGGCAGCUGAACAAGAAGCCCGCCAGGAAAGAGAAGUCGGGCUCUGUGCCCUCAGGAGGGCCAUCCCGGCUCAGCAGCAGCAGCUCCUCUGAGUCGGGCAGCAGCAGCUCCAGUGGUUCCAGCUCCGACAGCAGCGAUUCAGAAUGAGUGACUCUGGACUUGAACAGAGCAGAACAGAUGUCGCACACACCGAGACUCUGCAGUGUCCCCUUCUAUGGUUAAUAUACUAUUUCUGUUCCAUGGUGUGCAGGUUUUCUUUUUCAUUCAGUGUUACGAUAUCUUCCAGUUUUGCUUUCAUAGGUCAGAGAUCUUUCUUGUGUGUGCAUUAGACUUUUUGAGAAGGCGUGAGCUCUGCAUAAAGUCUUCUCUUCGUAACUGAAUUCAAUGGUUUGGAGACGACAACUUCAAAUGCUAACCCGAUGACCGUAGAAAACCGAGUGAGGUGUGAGCUGAAGGACCUUGCAAGAUCCCUUUUCGUAUGCCCGGCCCGGUCUGUAGCUCCAGAAGGAAUGUCUUCAGAGAGGGGUCUCUAUAGGGUGCUGUUUGGAAGCUGUUGGCUUUGCACACUGGUGUUCUCACGCGGCCCCACUCUCUGCAGGGGCUGAGGAGGGGUGUGCUGCUUGUGAGAAUCAGGCUGGGCAUACAUGAAAGGGUCCUUGCGGCCCCAGACCAGGUCACCGAGCCUCUGGGGUGGGGCCCCAGUAGGGGUGGGCAUGGAGCGGGGAAUGUUGAGUUUCUCUGGACGCAGCUAUGCCCGGCGCUCCUGGGAGGGAGCACGCAGCUGCGUGGGCAGUGUGCAGGGUUCCAUACACUGAAACUUUUACCUCAACUUUAAAAAAAAAAAGAAAAGAUUUAAAAAAAAAAAAAAAAAAAGGAGACUUUUUUGUAAGGUUCAGCAAUUUUCUACGAAAGCCCAGCCCGAUGUGUGUCCCCAUGUGCCAGCACUGCCCGCUGCUGCUCACUCUGGAAGCGUUUUCCCAGUUUUAUGUACAUAUAAAUACUUUAUUUAUUAACAUCAUUGGUCAUUUUUUUUUUUAAAAAAAAAAGAAAAACUGCAAAAGAAAUGCAUUAAAAAAAGUAGCCGAAAUGCAGGCCUUCCAGUGGUGGCACGAGAGCCCGCCCUGCCCGGGGACGCCUGCCCCAGGUGCUAGUCCCUGUGACCCGUGCUGGUGCUCAGUCUUGUCUGCGCACGCUCUGCCCCGGUGCAUUGGGGUUUUUGGUUUUCUCCUUUUUUUUUUUGUAUGAAAUUUGGAGACUUACAAGUAUAGACAACUUUCAGCUACAGCACGUUCUAAUUUUUUAUUUUGUUUAUUCUUUUGUAUUCACUUCUGGUUCUUUAGGACUGCUUUAAAAUAAAUCAAUUUAGGGAACCCCAAUUAUAUAAUAUAAACUUUGUAAUCUGACAGAAAAAAAAUGUAUAGUAAAUCUAAGUCUUGAUUUUUAACUUUCUAUUGUAAAAAAUGAUAAUAAUAUACAGAGUUUAACAGAAGGUUGUUUGGGUUUUGUUUUUCCAGAGGCUGCCAUAGCCUUUGAGUGCAGGGAUGCCCCAAACUGUCUGAUACGCUCAGCACUGGGCUUCGGCCUCCCAGGCCUGCAGGUGGGGUACCUGCCUCUCCCUCCGCCAGCCUCCAGGGCCUGGCCAGGCUCUCCCGGGCCUGUCUGUCCUCUUCGGGCAUGGAGGAGUCUCGGACCUGGAGGGUUGCCUCCGUAGAGAUCGCACAGUGCUUGCUGCUCAAGCAUUCUCAUAGGUAGCCCAGAAAUGACCGGAGCAGGGCGUUCUCCCAGACACCAAGUGAGGGGGGCCUUGAGGUGGGUGCUGGGUGUGGAGCUGUGGGGUGGCCUGUCCUUUUGCCCAGUGGUCAUUGCUUUCUGCCAGCGCUUCUGGACGGAUAUAGGGACCAGUCAUUAGUAUCCUAAUGGGUGGCAAUUGUUAAAAAGCAUAAGGGUGAUUCAGAAGCCACCACCCCUUAAAGACAUAGAUAUACCCUUAAUGAAUACAGAACUCUGAUGAGGAAAUGAGUAGAUUACCAUUUUCCUAAUUGCUGGUGAUUCUGACAUUUGGUGAGUUUUUGACUGGUCUGUUAAACUUUCAAUUAAGUUUUGUUUAUGAUAAAAAUAUAAAUUAAUUUUAAAAUUCCCAUUUUUAAAAGUUACCUUUGUUUUUCAAAGGUUAUUUUUUAAACAGAUCCUCAAUGGGAUAUUUAAUGGUUUUAUGGUUUUAAGGAAUUAACACAGAAGUGGCAGGUCCGCAUACAGGAUCUGACUGGUAACGUGCACAUGCACACGUCUAGGUGAUGCAGACCCUGAGCAGAGGCUACCUGGGGGUGUGGGGUGCUGGCAAGCACCCUCAGCUGCAGGGUGGUGAAUGUCACCUGUGGGAGCCCAUAGGCAGGAAACGUCUGCAUCCCGGGGCGUCUCCUUACCCGCUAGUCCUCUGUGGACGGUGGCAUCGCACCUGCCUCUGCCCCUUCGACCCGGCAAGAGUCUGCUGGCACUGACAGCUCCCCAAGGCUGUCGUCCCUUCUGAGCAGCUGUAGUUCAUUGGUGCUGUAACUUUUUUAAAGCUUUCUGUCCAGACUUCAAAUCCAAUUUUAGAGUUUUGGAGGAUUGCAACGUCCUCCGCACCCUCGAUGUCAGACUGCGGGGUGACUGUCAUGUCCUGUUGGGAAGAGCACAGUUGCUCAAUGUGGUGGUCCCCCGAGAAUCGUAGGGCAGCUUUGAACACGCAUUUUUCAAGGGGAAAGAGCAGUGAUAAGUAGGAUCGUCACGUGCAGGGAAUGGAUCUGAGAACUCUCUAAGUGACCCCUGGAGGCUGAGGGGGCAGGCUUUGGGUGUUAACUAAAUUCCAGGGACCCCUCCUCAUUCUGGGCGCCAUCAUCUUACUUACAAACUGUAAGACACGUGUCUUUUGUGUUCGUUUUUGGUUUUGUUCUUUUGCAGCAUUCAAGCCUUUCACAGUCGUUUGGAGAAAACAACACCCACGUAAAGGAUGCGUCAUAUCCAGUUUAGUGCUGUUUCUUAAUACUGGUAUAACACUUCCAGGAAGUUUUUCUUUUUUAUAUUUAAAAUGUUACUUUUCUGUAUGAUGUGCAUGCAAGUUUACGGUAACUUUUCUUAAACUUUUUAGUGCCGUUUCUAGUAUAUUCCUGUAAAUGUCAGUUACUGAAAAUAAGUCCCAUGUAAGUAGUUUUAGCUUGUUUAUUGCAAUGCUGGCCUCAACACAACAGAAUAAAAAUGGUAGAAAGUA